CAUACGUCACGCCUACGUCAGAGGCCAGAGUUGAGAGUUGACGCAGGAGGAGGCGCUCGUGCUUGGACGGUUCGCGGGAAACGUCUCAAAACAAAUCGGUUCUGGUUGGCCCGCGCGGAAGAGAUCGAUUAACCGAACUGAUCGAUCACCUGUGUGUGACGUCCGAACAGGUGAACACCCGCGUGACGCUGCACGAGCUCGCUAACCAACGUUAGCUCGAGGCUAACACAACAACUCCGUUAGCGCCACGCGCGCGAGAGAGACAGAGACGACCGUUACCGGGGGGACCGGCGAACACGCGGCGGGCUGACCCGGUUCGAGGACUCUGUGAGCGGACAGUGAGAUGGCAGAGAGACCGGAAGACCUGAACCUGCCCAACGCGGUGAUAACCCGCAUCAUCAAGGAGGCGCUCCCAGACGGGGUGAACGUGUCGAAAGAAGCGAGGCGAGCCAUCUCCCAGGCUGCCAGCGUGUUCGUGCUGUACGCGACGUCCUGCGCCAACAACUUCGCCAUGAAAGCGAAGAGGAAAACUCUGAACGCCGGGGACGUCCUGGCCGCGAUGGAGGAGAUGGAGUUCGAGCGGUUCAUGGAGCCUCUGAAAGAAGCUCUGGAGGUGUACAAGAAGGGCCAGAAAGGAAAGAAGGAGGUGUCGGAGCAGAAACGCAAAGACAAAGAGAAGAAGACCGACUCCGAGAACGACAAGAGCCGGGAGGAGGAAGAGGAGGAGGAGGAGGAGCGCAUGGAGGAGGAGCCCGAAGCCGAGAACGAAGCCGAGGAGGACGAGGAGGAGGUGGAGAACUGACGGAGGCCACGGUGACUGAAUGAAAUGCGCCCCCGUCACCUUCGCGCGAGGUCAUCGCCGGCUGGACGUGAUGCGUUUAAGCGCCGCCGAGUCGCCGUGAAUCAGAACAUCCAGGUUUAGAGUGUGAGGAGGUGCAGCAGCAGCAAACAAAGCACAAACAGGUGGAGCUCCUUCACGCACCUCCACCUCUGUUCAUUUUGUAUUUCUAAUCAUUUUUGAUACAAACACUGUUUCUGUUUUUUUCUGUAGUCAAACUCAGACGGACUCUGGAUCUGAUCUGAGGUCAGUCAUUAAAGGGCUCGUUAGAAACGUUUCACGCGUAGAGGUCAAACAUCCGAACACACGAAGAAAACGUAGAUCCAGUGAAGUUUAGAUUGAAAUCAGAAACUUCUCGAUCAAAGAAUAAGAAGCUGAUCUGCUGAUUCACACGAGCGGCUUCAGUGUUUGUCCAUCUUUUUGUUUAUCUGCUGAGUUUUGUUUUUUUUAGCAUUUAUACUUUUGUAGAUUGUAAAUGACUGUUUGAGAUUUCCAAUAAAUAUUUUGUAUAAAAA